AUGAAGUCCAAGGAGAUUAGAAGAGCGUACAGACGUAUACGCGAGACACUAGGACCAGUGUCUCGAACCCGGUUACGCAUAGGAACAGCCGAGGAAGAAGAGAGGACUAAGGACACAUCAAGGCCUCAAGCAGAUGGAGAGAUGGUGAUAGCAGGUGAAGAGAGGAUGAGAGCAGAGGAAGAAAGGGUGCAAGUGGAGCAAGAGAGAGAGAAAGAAAGAAAAAGAGAGGAGGCGAGGACAAAGAGAGCUGAGAGCGAGAAAAAGAAAAAAGAAGAGGCAGAACGAGCAGAGCAAGAGAAAUUGGCUGAGCUUGCUCGUGCUAGAGCAGAGGCAGAGCGAGCAGAAAAAGCUCGCAAAGCAGAGAUCGCUCGUCUGAGGGAAGAGACCAGACUCAGAGCAGAAGAAGAGGCUCGUCAAACCUUGGCUCACUCCUCUAGUCCAAACCAAGGGGAUGACCAAGAGCACUACGACGAUGCUGCACGGUCUUAUACAAGUGAAGAAAGUGAGGAGGAAGAGGAAGAGAGUGACAAACUUCUACAGAAGGUGGCAGACUUCACUGCAGACUUCAAUCGCAAAGCCACAAAAGCAGUGAAGGAUAUCAACGAUACACUUGCCAGAUUCAACUACCGUUCAGACGAUGAAAUACGAAAGGUUGGAGUUGCAGUCGAUGAACUCCUCAAAGUCAUUAAGGAGAUGAUCAAAUUGAUGCCUUAA